AUGACCCGUCUCCUAUGCCCGGUUUUGCUGCCCUGCUUCUUGAUGGGAAUUAAUACGAAGAUCUUUUCUUCAUCUGGAGAGUGCCCAACGUCUGGCGGACGCUGGUCUUGUAUCGGGACGGGCUGUACUUGUGUCUUGGAGAAUUCUCGCCACCGUCUCGUCACCCUCCAAAAGCCAGACCUCAUGGACCGACCUCGGCGUGUUGUUCAGCAGAUGUGGAUGCCAUUCCCUGAUGACCGCCAGGGGUUCGUCAGCUGGCUGUCCGAGUAUUCGGAGAGGAAA